UUGCAGUCAUCUAAUACAAAUAAAGUGGCUUGAUAACACUUGUUUCAUUCAACUUCUGUUGGCCAGAGUCAGAAGAAAAGAUGCAUACAAAACUGCUUGUUUUUGGUCUCAUCUUACUAAUGCAAGCAUGCGGGCCACUUUCGGCCCAGACGCUGAAACCAGCAGAAGCUGACUCUCCAGGAAUCCUGCAGAGGCUGGCAGAGAGGGCCAGGGAUGCAAAAGCUAAAGUCCAUGGUUUGGGGGUAACAGCACUGGACUUUCUUGGUACUUACUAUGAAGACCACAUCCAACCAGUGACUGACAACUAUGUUGGAUGGGCCUCUAAUGUCAAAAGCUCCAUGUGGGAGAAGAUCCAGACAACCAUUGACAACUACAGGCCAUUUAAAGGAACUACUGCAACUGAUCAACCCAAUCAACACUAAGGAAAAGCUCACAAUAUUCUUGUCACAUGACUUAUCUACAGUUCUUAACACUCGAUGUUAGACUGAUCUCAACAUCACUGAGCUUUGCAGGUUGUGUCAAAUACAGAAAGAAUCAAACUAGUUUUUAAUAAAACUCCAGGUUAUACAUGAAA